ACAUACAGGCCAUCCCACAGCAGAGAGGGGGUGCCACAGAAGGGGGUCACACUACCUUUUGCUUGUCUCUGUUAACUUGAGCCUGGGCCUGCAUAGGUGGCGAUUGGUACCCAGGCCUACUCUUCCUGAGGCUUCCCCCAGGAGGGUAGGUGGGAGCUAGGCUCUCAACAGGUGUUUGGGUUAGAAUGUGGUGUUUGAAGAUUGGUUCCCCAGCUGGUGCUGUUUCCUGGAGGGCAUGAGGCUUACCUGCUGGGCAUAGGUCACUAGUGGUGUGCACUGAAGGGGACACCUACCUCUGCUUUCAUUCUUGGGCUUUUGGAUCUGCCAAGACGUGAGCAAUUCCCUGGCCGUGAACUACCUCAUGCCUCCCUGCCAGGAUAGACUGAGGCCAUGAGCCCAGAUCAGGCCCUUUUCCUUCAGGCUCUUUCUCUCAGGUAUGUGGUGACAGCACCAAGGAAGAUGACGAGUACAGCUGGGAACCCUUAGGUACUUAACCAGUGAGAAUCCGGUGAAUGGGUAACCUGUGUCCGGCAGGCUGGAGUCAUGAGAGAAAGCCAGAGGGAGGAGGCACACGAAGGGCAUCCCGGUCUGAGGGACGGUGGGAAUGGUCUUAGAAGAGAGUGGAGCUGGCAGUGUGGGAUGAGUGUGCGGGGUGGGGAAGGGUAGUCACAGAGCCUUGCAGCCUGUGGUACGGAAGCGGUUUGGAUCUUAUUCCAAGAACAGUUGACUGUCUGUUGAAAGAUUUUAAUAGGAAAUGAGCCUCCUCCCUCUACGGUACAUCUCUGAGGCCGAAAGUCUCUGAAAGUGUGAAAGGCACAGAGAGGUGGGUGUCUUAGUUUGGUUUCCAGUCUUGCAAACAGAAUAGACAAUAUACCAGGCUUGCUUGGCCGGGCCCCUCUGGCACUCUUGGCUCCUCAUGCUGCUUAUCUCACGGAAGGCUCAUGGAGCGCACUGCCUCUGCAAAGUCUGAAACGGGACAGUAAAAACCGAAUCUAAAGGUUGUCAUGCCGUCUCCCUGACAUCCUCACAGGGUAAGUGUGGGUGCUCCUUUCAGAGUCCUAGAUUCACCUGGUUUUGAGGAACGUGGCUCUAUAGUUUAUGCCUAAUUUUAGGCAAAUUAAAAACUGGACCAUUUGUAAAGAGCACUGUAGGAACUUUAAAGAAAUCAUUGGUGCAGGUAUAAUAAGAAGGAAGGAGCCUUCCGGUUCCCUCUUUUAAGGAAAUGGAUGAAGGAGGAAAGGAAGGAAAGAGACAGAAACAGUGAAAGACAGACAGACAGACACAGACAGAGAGACCGAUAUUGACAUUUCACUAGGGGGGCCUUUCUGUAUGCUGGGAAUUCAGUUCUCCCACUGCCCUAUGAGAUCUACAGAGCUAUCCUUCCUGUCUUGGAGAUGAGGAAACCGAACCUUAGAAGCAGGUUGUCCAAGGUCACCACACGCAGCUGGGAAGUGGCAGAGUAGAGUACACACCCAAUCAAUCCUGUUGCUCAAGGUUUCCUCCCAAUUUCUGCAGAACGUGAAAGCUUCAGCUAAGACAGCCCCCUCCCCCGCCCCCUUGGUGAAUAUGAGCAUCUUCCAGGGCUUCUUUUCCCCAGCUAGACAUGGUGAUUUCAUUCCAGCCACUUUAUGACGUGUAUAGUCAAUCUAUAAUUCCUUCCAUUUGAUCCUUAACUUCUGAUUUUGUGACAGCUCUUUAAGACAGCGUCAGCCAGUUCUCUCUCCUGUUCCUGAAGGUUCAUGUUGGAGGGUUGAUGCUGCCGGCUUGGCCCUGCUCUCAAGCAAGAGAGAAGGGCUGACGUUGUGCCUGCCCUUGGGCUGUGCCCUGAUGGUGUGCAUGCUCAGGUCCUGCCAGCAGGGGAUAGCCGAAACCCAGGUUGUCCUGCCCAUGUUGCCCUGCCCUUCUUGCCGAGUUGCUGGCAGAGCUCUGCCUGCAUGGCCCACAUGGGAAUCAAGGGGAGGGAGCUACAGGCUGGUACAGGAGGACGGCUCAACAAGGACCUGCGACACUUCCUCAACCAGCGGUUCCAGAAGGGGUCUCCGGAUCAUGAGCUCCAGCAGACCAUAAGGGACAACCUCUACCGCCAUGCCGUGCCUUGCACAACCCGAUCUCCCAGAGAAGGAGAAGUGCCUGGCGUGGAUUACAGCUUUCUGACUGUGAAAGAGUUCUUGGACCUCGAGCAGAGCGGGACCCUGCUGGAAGUCGGCACCUAUGAAGGAAACUAUUAUGGGACACCCAAACCUCCCAGCCAGCCAGUCAGUGGGAAAGUGACCACGACGGAUGCCUUGCACAGCCUUCAGUCCGGCUCCAAGCAGUCGACCCCUAAGCGAACAAAGUCCUACAAUGAUAUGCAAAAUGCUGGCAUAGUCCACACGGAGAAUGAGGAGGAGGAUGAUGUUCCUGAAAUGAACAGUAGCUUUACAGCCGAUUCUGGAGACCAGGACGAGCACACUCUCCAAGAAGCAACGCUCCCGCCUGUGAAUAGUAGCAUCCUCGCCGCUCCCAUCACGGACCCUUCUCAGAAGUUCCCUCAGUACCUACCUCUUUCUGCAGAGGAUAACUUAGGUCCUCUACCUGAAAACUGGGAGAUGGCCUAUACCGAAAAUGGAGAAGUCUAUUUUAUAGACCAUAACACAAAGACAACAUCAUGGUUAGACCCUCGGUGCCUGAAUAAACAGCAGAAGCCUCUGGAAGAAUGUGAAGAUGAUGAAGAAGGGGUACACACCGAGGAGCUGGACAGUGAACUAGAGCUGCCUGCCGGCUGGGAGAAGAUUGAAGACCCUGUCUACGGUGUCUACUAUGUAGACCACAUCAACAGGAAGACGCAAUAUGAAAACCCAGUCCUAGAAGCCAAAAGGAAGAAACAGCUUGAGCAACAGCAGCAGCAGCAACAGCAGCAGCAGCAGCAGCAGCAGCCUCAGCCACCACAGCCAGAAGAAUGGACAGAAGAUCAUGCAUCCCUUGUGCCCCCUGUUGCUCCUUCCCAUCCCCAGAGCAAUUCGGAGCCAGCCAGGGAAGCUCCACUUCAGGGCAAACCUUUUUUUACAAGAAACCCUUCUGAGCUGAAAGGCAAGUUCAUUCACACGAAGCUACGGAAAAGCAGUCGUGGCUUUGGCUUCACGGUGGUUGGAGGGGAUGAACCGGAUGAGUUCCUGCAGAUCAAGAGCCUGGUCCUAGAUGGUCCUGCUGCCCUGGAUGGCAAGAUGGAGACGGGGGAUGUAAUUGUCAGCGUGAAUGACACCUGUGUUUUGGGACACACACAUGCUCAAGUUGUAAAAAUCUUCCAGUCCAUUCCUAUUGGUGCCAGUGUGGACCUUGAACUCUGCAGAGGUUAUCCAUUGCCUUUUGACCCGGAUGACCCUAAUACAAGUUUAGUGACCUCGGUGGCCAUUUUGGACAAAGAACCAAUUAUUGUGAAUGGACAAGAGACCUAUGAUUCACCAGCAAGCCACAGUAGUAAAACGGGCAAAGUCAGCAGCAUGAAGGAGGCCAGGCCAAGCAGCCCUGCAGACGUGGCUUCCAACAGUUCCCAUGGUUAUCCCAACGACACAGUCUCUUUGGCUUCCUCCAUAGCCACGCAGCCAGAGCUGAUAACUGUGCACAUAGUCAAAGGGCCAAUGGGCUUUGGCUUCACGAUUGCAGAUAGUCCCGGUGGGGGCGGCCAAAGAGUGAAGCAGAUUGUUGACAGUCCCCGCUGCCGAGGCCUCAAAGAAGGGGACCUUAUUGUGGAAGUGAACAAGAAGAACGUGCAGGCUCUGACGCACAACCAAGUCGUGGAUAUGCUGAUUGAGUGUCCAAAGGGAAGUGAGGUCACGCUGUUGGUGCAGCGAGGAGGGCUACCAGUUCCCAAGAAGAGUCCAAAGUCGCAGCCACUGGAGAGGAAAGACAGCCAGAACAGCUCCCAGCACAGUGUCUCCAGCCACCGGAGCCUGCACACGGCAUCCCCGAGUCACAGCACACAGGUGCUCCCCGAGUACCCACCCGCAGACGCCCCUGCUCCAGAUCAGACCGACAGCUCUGGGCAGAAAAAACCAGAUCCUUUUAAAAUCUGGGCCCAGUCCAGGAGCAUGUAUGAAAACCGACCCAUGUCGCCUUCGCCUGCAUCAGGACUGAGCAAGGGUGAAAGAGACAGAGAGAUCAGUUCCACGAGUUUUGGAGAAUGUCAGAUUCCAGAUUAUCAGGAACAGGACAUCUUCCUCUGGAGAAAAGAGACCGGAUUUGGAUUUAGGAUUCUGGGUGGAAAUGAGCCAGGGGAACCUAUUUAUAUCGGUCACAUCGUACCACUGGGUGCUGCUGACACAGACGGCCGCCUGAGGUCUGGAGAUGAAUUAAUCUGUGUGGAUGGGACACCAGUAAUUGGAAAAUCACACCAGCUUGUGGUCCAGCUUAUGCAACAGGCUGCCAAGCAAGGCCAUGUCAAUCUCACAGUGAGGCGCAAAGUGGUGUUUGCUGUCCCCAAAGCAGAGAAUGAGGUGCCCUCACCAGCUUCAUCACACCACAGUAGCAACCAGCCGGCCUCCCUGACGGAAGAGAAGCGCACGCCACAGGGCAGCCAGAACUCGCUGAACACUGUGAGCUCCGGCAGCGGCAGCACCAGCGGCAUCGGCAGCGGCGGCGGCGGGGGCAGCGGCGUGGUCAGUACCGUGCUGCAGCCCUAUGACGUGGAGAUUCGCCGCGGGGAGAACGAGGGCUUUGGGUUCGUCAUCGUGUCCUCCGUGAGCAGGCCCGAAGCGGGCACAACCUUUGCAGGCAAUGCAUGUGUGGCUAUGCCUCACAAAAUAGGUCGGAUUAUUGAGGGGAGCCCUGCUGACCGCUGUGGCAAGCUGAAAGUAGGAGACCGGAUCUUGGCAGUAAAUGGAUGUUCCAUCACCAACAAAUCCCAUUCUGACAUUGUCAACCUAAUCAAAGAAGCGGGCAACACAGUGACCCUCCGGAUCAUCCCCGGGGAUGAGUCCUCAAAUGCCACACUGCUGACCAAUGCUGAGAAGAUCGCCACCAUCACCACUACUCAUGCCCCUUCUCAGCAGGGGACCCAGGAAACAAGGAAUACCACCAAACCAAAGCAGGAUUCUCAGUUUGAGUUCAAAGGACCGCAGACUGCACAGGAGCAAGAUUUUUACACUGUGGAACUGGAAAGAGGAGCCAAGGGAUUUGGCUUUAGUCUUCGAGGGGGACGAGAGUAUAAUAUGGACCUCUAUGUUCUGCGCUUAGCAGAGGAUGGUCCUGCAGAAAGAUGUGGAAAGAUGAGGAUUGGUGAUGAAAUUCUAGAGAUCAAUGGUGAGACCACCAAAAACAUGAAACAUUCUCGGGCCAUAGAACUGAUAAAGAAUGGUGGCCGCAGAGUUCGUCUGUUUCUGAGGCGGGGAGACGGCUCAGUCCCAGAAUAUGACCCCAGCAGCGACCGGAACGGCCCCUCCACCGGUGCACAAGGUGUUCCGGAAGUGAGGCCCGGGCCGCCAGACCGCAGACCGCAUCCAGCCUUGGAGUCCAGUUACCCACCCGAUCUUCACAAAUCAUCACAACAUGGGGAAAAGCGGGCACACGCGAAGGAUCCAAAAGGCAGCAGGGAGCACAGCAGACAACCCAACGAACACCACACCUGGAAUGGAACUUCUAGAAAACCCGACAGUGGGGCAUGCCGGCCCAAAGACCGGCCACCCGAUGCAUGGAGAGACGCACAGCCGGAGCGGACAGCCACCAAUGGCCCCAAGAAGAGGUCUCCGGAGAAGCGCAGGGAAGGCACCCGCAGCGCUGACAACACUUUGGAAAGGAGGGAGAGGCAUGAGAAGAGGAGGGAGGUGUCCCCUGAGAGGAAGCGAGAGCGGUCACCCACCCGGAGAAGAGACAGCUCCCCCAGCCGCCGGCGGAGGUCCCUCGAAAGACUCCUGGAUCAGAGACGGUCCCCAGAGCGCAGAAGAGGGGGCUCGCCUGAGAGGAGAGCCAAGUCCACCGACAGGAGGAGAGCCAGGUCCCCGGAGCGCAGGCGAGAGCGGUCUCUGGACAAAAGGAACCGGGAUGACAAGGUUGGCCACCGAGAAAAGGAGGAGGCUGGUCUGAAGGCUGAUGCCGGGAGAAGCCCCAGAAAUCCCCCGGAGCAGAGAAGGCGGCCUUAUAAAGAAUGUAGCACCGACCUCAGCAUCUGAGACUCUGAGUCACAUUGCAACCUUUACCGUGUCAAAGGUUCUAAGAGGGAGGUCGCAAACAUGAAAUAGUUUAGUUUCUUACCUGAGGCAGCAUCUGACACCUGACAGACCUAUGAAUAGUAAUGGACAUUUUAUGCAUUUGAAAUCUUAUAAGAAAAAAAUAUAUAUGAAAAGUCUUGUGCCUGAUGUAUAAUAUUAAAGAAAGUAUUUUUAAAUGCAUACUUUUUUUUUUUUGAAAAUCAUUUGCCAAAAUAAUGGCCCAAAGGGAUGUACAUUUUGUUUCUUCACAAGCUAUAGAAUUGUUGAGAAUUGUUCCCUCUUUGGGGCAAGAUCUUUCUCUUCUAGAAAAUGGGGCUGUUGGUCAUGUCCUCAAAGUAAAUGCAAUUAAAUCUAACUCAGUAUAAACUGUUAGAAGUGAUAUAGUGCUGUAUUGUAAACCCUUGUUUUUCAGAAAAGCAGAACACAAAAAGUAAACUUCUACUUGUACAAACUGAGGACCUUUUAGGAUGGAUUAGGGUGGCCAGGCUGUGUGACAGAAUACUACUGCAAAUGAAGGAUAUUUAUGACUACAGUGCACAGCGCUCAGAAACUUUAUGAUCUUGAGUUACAGUUGGUUCAAAGAAUGGUUUGUGCUCUCCCUGGCCCAGGAAGGUGCAGAAACAAGAAGCUUGGCUGCCAUUAACCAAAUACAGCCUUAGCUCUGAUGGUCAGGUUCAUCAGCUCCACCACAGAAUACAUCUCACUUACAGCAGUGCCCGCCACAGCUUGUCAUCCUCUAGAAGGAACAGACAAGCUGCUUCUGGGUUGUCUGGUCCAAUAUGAAGCUGAGGAGAUGGAAUGUAGGACCUUAUGCUUCUGGGAUGAGGGAGAUGUAACUGUCUCCAACAUGGAAAGGUUUAGCAUAAUCUCAUGGAGCAGAGGAAUGGACGUUGGUGGAAGAACCCUCUCUCGUGAUAUUUAAAAAGCCCUGGGGCUGCUUAUUCCCUUAAUAGCUGACUAUGCACUUUGAAAGCGCAAUCCAAGUCUAAAGGAUGGAAGGGUAAGGAAGAAACUGGGAAACCUCCAUCCCCAUGACCCUGUUCUUUAUUUGGGGGGACAGCAAAAUAAAAUGUAAUGGUUUUCUUUCUAAGAUAGACCCAUUUUCUGAACCCUCAGGAGGUGUGGCUGGGUCAGCUGUAGCCCUGAGAAGUGGUUUAAGUGGAUUGAUUACUGCCUAGCUGAGCCAAAGUGUUUGCUUGGACCUGUUGGACCGACCGACCGCUGCAGCAGACCACUGCUGACAGUGCGUUUGUAUCUCUGUAGUACUGUUUCACAUUUCCCAUUCAGACACAAAAACUUUGCAAGUCAAUCACUGUUGUUCCCAUGGUACUGUAUUAGGGGAGGGGAGAAAAAAGAAAAAAAAAAAAAAAACAGCCAAUCAUUGUAUGUAGAGUUUAAAAUUGUAAUUAAUAGAGCCUGUUGGAAAAAAAAUUAAACAACUGUUGCCUUUUUUUGUAUAAAAGAGAAUUUAUGACAAAAGUCUAGCUGUGAGGAAUGUCAUAUGUGUCUAUAUUUCUGAAUAUGAACAGACUGAUUCUUGGGAAUAUAGUUUAAACUAAAUCAGGUGUGUAAAGUUGUUUCAAAAUGGGAGACUAUAUAAGUAAUCAGUAAAGCUUUAGUUUGUGGGGGCUAUCAUUUCUCCAUGGAGAGCCUGCUCAUGAAUAAUCAAGCAUCCAUUUGCA